AUGGAAUUUAUCCAGAGCUCAGACAAUAUUACCGUCUCCCAGGGACAGACAGCGAUACUCAGUUGUGACAUUGACAGUAAUGUGACGCGUGUAGCGUGGUUGAACCGAUCCAGUAUUAUGUACGCGGGGAGAGACAAGUGGUCGAUGGAUCGGAGGGUGACGCUGGGAGCACACAGCCCCCUGGAGUACAGCAUCGCAAUCUCUCCUGUCGAUGUUCAUGAUGAGGGACUCUAUACCUGCUCGUACCAGACGCAAGACCAGCCGCACACCCUCCAGGUCUACCUCAUCGUACAAGUUCCCGCGCGGAUUGUGAACAUUACCUCCGAGGUGGUUGUGAACGAAGGCACCACCGUCCUCCUGUUGUGCCUGGCCAUGGGACGUCCCGAGCCAGUGGUGACGUGGAAAAGAGUCACCUCCAAACAGAGCUCGGUGAUUAAUGACGGGGAAUUCCUGGAGAUCAGUCACAUCCGACGGCAAGACGCUGGGGAUUAUGAGUGUGUCACCUCCAAUGGGCUGGCCAAGCCUGACUCCCAGCGAGCACGGGUCAUCGUCAACU